GGUAUAAGAAAGGCGAGUCUGUGAUAAUUUUCUCAUUCUGCGUGUACAAAACAUCAGGAGAUGUCUGGACGAGGAAAAACCAGCGGCAAAGCUCGGGCCAAGGCCAAGUCUCGCUCGUCCCGGGCUGGACUGCAGUUCCCGGUCGGUCGUGUUCACAGGCACUUGAGGAAAGGCAACUAUGCUCAGCGGGUGGGUGCAGGAGCCCCUGUCUAUCUGGCUGCUGUGCUCGAGUAUCUGACGGCUGAAAUCCUCGAGCUGGCCGGCAACGCAGCCCGGGACAACAAGAAGAGCCGCAUCAUCCCCAGACAUCUGCAGCUGGCCGUCCGCAACGACGAGGAGCUCAACAAGUUGCUGGGAGGGGUGACCAUCGCUCAGGGCGGUGUGUUGCCCAAUAUCCAGGCCGUGUUGUUGCCCAAGAAAACCGGCGGAACGAACAAGUAAGCGAGAGAAACUCAACAUA